AUGUCUGAAUCAAGAACUGUCGUUAACGAAGAGGAAAUUUUAUUUCCUGAUAUUCCACCACUAAAUGUGUCAACAAGUGUUCAUUCAACUGUUCAAGGUAAAAUUUGGGUUAGAUUAUUAAUUAAUCUCUGUUGGUGGUUGCACGAUAUGCGUGAAGUUGAUGGUAAUGAUCCUAAUUCGAAAUUUAAGUAUAUUGAAAGUAAACUUGCCGAAUGUAAAAUGUUAUUUCCUGGACGAUUUACGUUAAUGUUUUCAGAUCCAGGAUUACUUUCCGAAAAACAACAUCCAUUUCUGAUUUGUCGUCAAGAUGAACACAAAGUAAUUAUUUUAGUCUUUCAUGCAACUGUUUCGUCAAAAUCGAUUCAAGAUGUAUUUACAGAUGCUAGUUUAUAUUCCGAUCGUAACGUUUAUGGAGGCGAUAGACAUUCAGGAUUUUCUGAACGAGCUGAAUCGGGUCCAUUAUUAGCCGUUAUCAACUGGCUGAAUGAAGGAUGGAAAGUUAUUGUCGGAGGCCAUUCACUUGGUGGUGCGGUAAGUCAAUUGUUUACUGUUAAAGUGAUUCAAAAUCUUGUUGAAUUUGGCUCAUCGUUGGAUAAAGUAUGGUUACGUUGUAUCACUUUUGGAACACCUCAAUGUGCUGAUCGUCAUUUUUGA